GUGCGCUCCCAGGCGCGCGAGAUCUACGAGAAGUACUUCAAGAUUGCGCAGUCCCAGCCUCGCGGCGUGGUCGCCAAGCUGGGCACGAUCGUGGCGCAGAUCGAGCGCGCCUGCCACAAACAGCUGGCAGCCGUUGACCGCACCGACGAGUGGCGUCCGAUCCUGCGCGCCGCGCUCGGCGACCUGAUCACGCUGCUGUCGGACGAGCGGGCCGUCUCGGCGUACGAGCUGCACUCGUCAGGCCUGCUGCAGGCGCUGCUGCGGCUGCUCAGCUCGCCCGACCGCACCAGCCGGCGCGCCAACCGGCUGCUCAAGCAGCGACAGCGACUCUUCAAGCAGUGCUUCCAGGAGGCGGCUGGGGCGUCGCAGGAGCACCCGGGCGUGUCGCUGGUGCGCAAGCUGGUCUCCGUGCUCGAGUCGAUCGAGAAGCUGCAGGUUUACAACUACGACUCGACGGGCACCGUCAGCGGACUCCAGGUGUUGCAGCUGCGGAUGCGGUUCCGCUUGGAGCGGGCCGCCAGCGACUCCGGCCUGAUCGACUGUACCGGCCGCACCCUCAAGAUGGAGCCGCUGGUCACCGUCCGCCAGCUCGAGCGUUACCUCCUCAAACAGGUGGCCAAGCAGUGGUACGACCACGACCGGUCCACCUUCACCUUCGUCAAGCGCAUUCGCGAGAGCCCGAGCAUCGUGUUCACGCACCAGUCUGACUUCGAUGAGAACGGCAUCAUCUACUGGGUGGGCACCAACGCCAAGACGGCCUACGAGUGGGUAAACCCGUGCCAGUACGGCCUGGUGGUGGUGACGUCGUCGGAGGGCCGUAACCUGCCGUACGGCCGGCUGGAGGACGUGCUGUCACGCGACCCGACGCCACUCAACUGCCACACCAACGACGACAAGCGCGCCUGGCUGGCCGUCGACCUCGGCCUCUGGGUCAUCCCCACCUGCUACACGCUGCGGCACGCGCGCGGCUACGGCCGCAGCGCGCUCCGCAACUGGGUCUUCCAGGUGUCCAAGGACGGACUGUCGUGGACCACGCUGUACAUGCACAUCGAGGACACGUCGCUGAAUGAGCCGGGCAGCACGGCCUCGUGGCCGCUGCUGGCGCCCACCGACGAGACUCAGGGCUGGCGUCACGUGCGCAUCCAGCAGACGGGCCGCAACGCGUCCGGACAGACCCACUACCUCAGCCUCUCCGGGCUGGAAGUGUACGGCACGGUGACGGGCGUCUGCAGCGACCUGGGCAAGGCGGCGCGCGAGGCGGAAGCGUCGCUGCGCCGACAAAGGCGCCAGAUCAAGAACCAGCUCAAGUACAUGGUGCCGGGCGCGCGCGUGGUGCGUGGCGUCGACUGGAAGUGGCGUGACCAGGACGGCAUCCCGCCGGGCGUCGGCACCAGCAUGUCGGAGCUGCACAACGGCUGGAUCGACGUGACCUGGGACAACGGCGGCAGCAACUCGUACCGCAUGGGCGCUGAGGGCAAGUUCGACCUAUGCCUGGCGCCCGGCUACGACCCGGAGUCGAACACGGGCGUACGGGCGGCCGCCAAGUCCGGCAGCGCCACGGCCACCUCUGCCGCCGUCGUCAAGGUGACCUCUCCGUCAGCCGGGUCGGCGCCGCCGUCGUCGGGCGCGCCGCCGUCGACGUCGACCGCCAAGCCGCGCCAGUCGGUGCUCACCAGUCGCAAGUCGUCCUCGACGCCGUCACUGCCCGAGGCCACCGACGACCGGCACUCGGUGGCCUCCACCGAGCAGGCCGCCUCGGCCGACAACCUGGCCGCCAAGCAGGCGGCCGAGGCGGUGGCGGAGAACGUGCUGACGCUGGCCAACGCCGUGGCCAUGUCGUCGCUGGACCAGACGACGGACUCCGUCCUCUCUCGGGUGGUGUUCGGAAACAAGAUGGACGCCAUCCUGGAGAGCUCCGACUGGCUGUCGGGCGGCGAGGACAGCGCGUCCGACACACCGCCGGCCACCUCGGCGGCGCCGUUCUUCCCGUGCCAAGCGGCACUGGCCACCCAGCCGCCGCCGCCACCGCCACCGCCGCCACCGCCACCGCCGGCCGCUGCCGCCACCACCAUCACCACCACCACCACCGCUGCCGCUGCCGCUGUCGCCGCUGCCGCCGUCACGGCCUCCGAGCCCAACAACCAGCGCUCGUCGAUGUCUGUUAGCACGCCGAACCUGAACGACGAGUCUGCCGGCCUGCUGGAGAUGUUCUCGGCGAUGGUGCGGCGGCGCGCCUCGGGCACGAGCGGCGCCGGCUCGUCGCGCGCCACCACCGGCGCGUACCCGGCGCCGACGGCCGUCACCACGCCCGCCGGCGCCGGCUGCGGCCCGUUCCUGCGGGCGCCAAACACCACCAGCAUGAGCAGCCUGGCUCGCCUGGCGCUCAAUGCCCCGCUGCCAGGGAGUUUCAUGUCGACAGCACAGUCCUUCCCCAGCCUGUCGUCGGGCAACACGCUGGUGACCAACACGGCCACCAGCGCGCUCACGCAGGGCCUCACCAUGUCGCUCACGUCCAACUCGUCCGACAGCGAGCAGGUAUCGCUGGAGGACUUCCUCGAGUCGUGCCGACACACCACGCUGCUGGCGGAGCUCACCGACGACGACGAGCUGGCCGACGAGAACGACGACGAUGACGAGUACGAGGGUGGCGGCGGGCCGGCCGGUGGUGGCGGCGGCGGCGAGGAGGAGCCGUUCGACCCGCGGCCUGGCCGCCGCCACGCCUGGGACGACGACACCGUGCUGAAGCGCCAGUGUCCGGCGCUCAUUCCCGCCUUCGACCCGCGGCCGGGCCGCACCAACGUGGCCCAGACGCAGGACAUUCAGGUGCCGCCGCCGGGCAGCCAGCCGCGGCGGCUGGGCGAGCCGGGCGACGAGCCGUCGUCGGAGCCGCGGCUGCGGCUGAUGCUGCGCGGCCCCGGCGUGCCGGGCGUGCCGGACGUCGAGGUUCCGCUUGACUCGCCCGACGCCACGCUGUUCAGCGCCGUCCAGCGGCUGGUGCAGCGCUCCCAGCUGGGCAGCAAGCAGGAGAAGCUGCGCCGGCUCUGGGAGCUCGUCUACACGAUCGUGUACCGCGAGCGGCGCGACGACGAGCGGCGCGCCGACCCGGCCGCCGAGCGCAAGAGCUCGCUGCAGCAGCGGCUGAGCGAGGGCUCGCCGUGCACCGUGGACGAUGUGGUGCACCUGCUGCGGCGGCUGUACCACCUGGUGGGCGAGAGCCGGCCGCGCCAGCAGGACACCGACGACGAGCCGCCGCUCGACAUCCCCUGGGAGACGUUCGUCAGCCGCAAGCUGACGAACAAGCUCUGCCAGCAGAUCCAGGACCCGCUGGUGCUCGCCUGCCAGGCGCUGCCGGACUGGUCGCACAGCCUGCAGGGACAAUGUCCCAUGCUGUUUCCGUUCGAGACGCGCCAGAUGUUCUUCAACUGCACUGCCUUCGGCACGUCCAGGUCGAUCGUGUGGCUGCAGACGCAGCGCGAGCUGGCCAUGGAGCGCACGCGCGGCCCGGCCGCUCUGCGCCGCGACGACGGUCACGAGUUCCGCGUGGGCCGGCUGCGCCAUGAGCGGGUGCGCGUCCCGCGCGGCCCCGACCUGCUCGACUGGGCCGUCCAGGUCAUGGACUUCCACGCCGAGCGAGAGGGCAUCCUGGAGAUGGAGUUCGAGGGCGAGGAGGGCACCGGCCUGGGGCCGACGCUGGAGUUUUACGCGCUGGUGGCUGCCGAGCUGCAGCGGCGCGACCUGUGCAUGUGGCUGUGCGACGACCAGCCGCUGCUCUCGGCCGAGGUCGAGGCGGCGGCGCCAGGCGACCGGCCGGCCGACUACUACGUGCUGCGGCCCGGGGGUCUGUUCCCAGCGCCGUUGCCGCAGGACUCUGAACAGUGUGACCGCGCCGUCACCAUGUUCCACUUCCUGGGCAUCCUGCUGGCCAAGGUGCUGCAGGACGCGCGGCUGGUGGACCUGCCACUUUCCCGGCCCUUCCUCAAGCUCAUCUCGUCGGCCAACGUAGCCGAGGAGCACAGCAGGAUGGACGGCGUCGGCCGCUCCAGCUCGCCGGCCAGCGAGGACGACCUGAUGACCUCGUCGUUCGUCUCGAUGGAGAGCGAGAAGGAGCUGGAGCUGGACCCGCCCAAGAUGGCGGCGGCGACGGCGCCCGCCUGGUACCAGGACGUGCUCACGCUCGACGACCUGGCCGUCAUCGACCCGGCGCGGGCGCGCGUGCUGCAGCAGCUGCGCCAGCUGGCCUCUCGGCGGCAGCACAUCCUGCAGGAUCCGCAGCUGUCGGAGGAGGCGCGCCGCCGACAGCUGGCCAACCUGACGGUGGACGGCUCCUCUCGGCUGGAGGACCUGGCGCUCACCAUGACGUUCCCGUCGCCGUCGCGCUCGCUGGGCUACGUCAGCUGCGAGCUGCGGCCCGGCGGCGAGCACCAGGACGUCACCGAGCAGACGGUCGACGAGUACGUCGAGCUGAUGGCCGACUUCUACCUGCGCCGCGGCCUGGCGCGCCAGCUGGACGCCUUCAAGGCCGGCUUCGACCGCGUGUUCGCCAUGGCCAGACUGCGGCCGUUCAGCCCGGACGAGACCAAGCUGAUGCUGUGUGGCGACCAGGCACCGGCGUGGACCCGCGACGACCUUCUCAGCUACACAGAGCCCAAGCUCGGCUACUCUCGGGACAGUCCGGGCUUUUUGCGGUUCGUCAGCAUCCUAGAGAAGAUGUCUGGCCCGGAGCGGAAGCGGUUCCUGCAGUUCGCCACGGGCUGCUCGUCGCUGCCGCCUGGCGGCCUGGCCAACCUCUACCCCCGACUGACGGUCGUCAAGAAGGUGGACGCCGGCGACGGCAGCUUCCCCAGCGUCAACACGUGCGUGCACUACCUGAAGCUGCCCGACUACAGCAGCGAGCAGAUCAUGCGCGACCGUCUGCUGGCCGCUACCCAGGAGAAGGGGUUCCACCUCAACUAGUCGGCCGCGGCGUGGUCGGGACGCGCCGGCGCUGGCCCCGGCGCGUGCGCGCGCCGCGCCGGCCUCGCAGAGACGCACCGGCGCCGCCAGUGCGCAGUUAUCGAUAUGUCAAGUACUGUGAUGCUUAGUGUCUGCUGUUAAUCGUUUAUUGGCAAUAUGGGACGUGUGUGGCGCCGGUUCAGCCUGACGGGGCUUCAUGUGAUGUGGGCGGCAGCCUGCCGCAGUGUGCGUAGUCGUCCGCUCGCCGCCGCCGCCGCCGCAGCCGCCGCGAUAGAGUGCGACCGACGGUAUCUGGGUAGCGACGUAAGUCUCCACCGCUGCUCUCCCUCUCUUCAGAGUACAAUGGCGUUCUCUGCACGCCGUCCGCCACGGGGCGGUACUCGGGCAGCCAGCGCUGGCCCAGGGUCAUUUUAGACGUUUAUUGGCGGGCGCCAGUCGCUUUACGCGUUUCCUUUCCCUCGUUUGCGGUCCGUUCUCUCGUUUUGUGCUUCGUCACGACGCUGGCGGCCAUGUUUAACGCAACAUUUCUUGUCAUACGUUAUAGAUGAGUUUACACAAAAUACACGGAACACGCCGAAGUGAGA